AUGGGGAGGAAGCCAUGCUGUGACAAAGUAGGUUUGAGGAGAGGAUCAUGGACAGAAGAGGAGGACAAGAAGCUGAGCGACUUCAUGCUCACUCAUCAAGCCUCAGGUUGCUGCUGGAGAGCUGUGCCUAAGCUUGCAGGUUUGCUGAGGUGUGGGAAGAGCUGUAGGCUGAGAUGGACGAACUAUCUGAGGCCUGACCUCAAAAGGGGUCUACUGUCAGAAGAGGAGGAGAGAACAGUUAUCCAUCUCCAUUCCAAGCUCGGAAACAGAUGGUCUAAGAUUGCGUCGCGUCUGCCUGGAAGAACAGACAAUGAGAUCAAAAACAUCUGGAACACUCACCUCAAGAAGAAGCUCGACAAGAUGAGCAAGGAAGCUGUUGUCCCUUCGACAGCAAAUAUUGAUGUGCUGAUGGAUGCAGAGUUUUGUAUCGACGAGGUGCCAAUGAUCGAGCCGCAUGAGAUCAUGAUGUUCUUGUUUCACAACUCAUCUUCAUCGUCGUCGUCGGCAUCAUUGUCGUCUUCUUCUUGUUCUUCAUCUUUAGAUCCUUCAGAUGAAUUGAAGGAGCUUGAUGUCUCAUGUUUGUUUGAGCAAGAGUACGCAGAUUACCAAUAACUAACUAUUGUUAAAUGA